UCCCAAGCAAUAAAAACCCCUCCCGGAGCCAGCCACAUCUACCUCUCAGGUCAAAUCCCCGCCGAGGCCAGCGGAGCCCUAAUCACGGGGUCCAUGGCCGACAAAACGAGGGCAAUUCUACGCAACACGGAGUCGAUUUUGAAGGAGGCCGGGGCGGGGUUGGAUGGGGUUGUUAAGGUUGUUGCGUAUCUUAAAGACGCGCGUAGUAUGCCCGAGUUUGCAAAGGUGUAUGAUGCUGCGUUUCCGCAUAGGCCGGCGCGAUCUAUGGUUGAGGUUUCUGCGUUGCCUGCCGGGGUUGAUAUCCAGGUUGAUUUUAUAGCUGUUUGCUAG